AGUAACAGGUGUAUCAACUCUUCAUACAUGUAAUAGCAAUACCAAUCCUCGUAGGUGUAGCAGCUGUUGCUGUCACUGCCGUCCUGGCCAAGAUGUUUCUGUUUUCCAAAAAGAAGUCAAAGAGCAAGCACCCAGUGACCUUACAAGACCCCAAUGUUAAAUACUCUCUCAAGCUCAUUGAUAGAGAGGUUAUAAGCCAUGACACACGAAGAUUCCGUUUCGCUCUCCCUUCUGUGAACCACAUCCUUGGACUCCCAGUUGGGCAGCAUAUCUAUCUAACUGCUAGAGUCGAUGGUCAGUUAGUGAUCCGUCCUUACACACCAGUGACCAGUGAUGAUGAUGUUGGGUACAUGGACCUCGUUGUAAAGGUUUACUUCAAAGAUGUUCAUCCUAAAUUCCCAGCUGGUGGUAAGAUGACACAGUUUCUGGAAAAGAUGGAGAUAGGAGAUUACAUUGAUGUAAGGGGCCCCAAUGGACUCCUCGUCUAUGAUGGUCAAGGCGCAUUUAGCAUUAAAGAAGACAAGAAAUCCAAACCAGAGAAAUACACUGCGAAAAAUAUAGGUAUGAUAGCUGGGGGUACUGGUAUUACUCCAAUGUUACAGCUGGUUCGUCAAGUCUUCAAAGAUCCUAGUGAUAAUUCUAGCCUGUCUUUGAUAUUUGCAAAUCAGACUGAGGAAGACAUCUUGUUACGUGCAGAACUUGAGGAGAUUGCAGCUGAGCAGCCUGACCGAUUCAAGCUUUGGUACACUGUGGAUAGACCUAAAGAAGACUGGAAGUACAGCAGUGGCUUCAUAAGUGCAGAGAUGAUCCAGGAGCACCUUCCACCCCCUGGUGCUGACACUCUCAUUGUGAUGUGUGGGCCCCCACCCAUGAUAAACUUUGCCUGCAUGCCAAACCUCGACAAACUUGGCUAUGCCCCCAAGACAAGAUUCGCUUAUUAGUUGCAAUUUAGUGAAGAACUUUCCAUACCUGGAUAAACUUGGCUAUAUUACAAAGAAAUAUUUGCUCUUGAAAGUCCAUGAUCAAGCUACAAUAAAGCCCAUGAUUAAGCUAAAGCUUAUACAUCUAAACACUUCAUAAUUUGAACACCUCUUAAUACAGUGCAUGCAAUAUGAACACUUUACAGACAGUUGUCAAAUUAUAUAUUCAACUAUCUGCUAUUUGAUACUGUAAACUAUGAAGUUAGGAAUUUCAUUGGAAUUUUUGAAAGCUUUGGCUUUGAUUAUAUGUUUUUCAUGAUGUAUACACUUAAAAUGGUGUCUGGGUGCCAUGUUGUAUGUUAUUUUUAUUUUAUGAGAUAACUGUAUUUAAAGUAAAGAUUUAAUUAUGAGCUUCAUAUAGAAAAGCAUCAAGGGCUAUACAAUUAAUUAGAGAUCAAUAUUAGAUAUUUGUACAAAUGGAUCAGGUCAAGUACAUAACCAUUGUACAUGUACAACAUAUAUACAUAAUGGGUGUCACAAAAA